AUGGAGGCUUCAUGUGGUGAUACUCAUGGAGUAGAAGUACGUGAAAUCGGAGGCAGUAAGGGAAAGGGUCUUUUUGCCCUUUGUAAGUUUAGUGCAGGUGAGACAAUAUUUGAGGAACGCCCAUUGGUAUGUAGUCAAUUCCUUUGGAACCAAGCUUAUGGAUACUUGGCCUGUGACUACUGUAUGAGACCACUGGAAACAGCUGAAGAAAAUGCUCAACGAUUGUCCUCUAAUCGUCAGUUGGUACUUCCUUAUCCACAGUGCUGCAAUACGAAGAAAGAAAACCAUGUAAAUUGCUCUCAGUGUGAGGUGUCUUACUGUAGUGUGGCUUGCCAAAGUCUUGCUUGGGAACAGUAUCAUCGAGUUCUUUGUUUUGGUGGCUCUGGUGGGGAUUCCAACCAUCCUUUGGAACAACUACAAGUCGCUUGGAGGAAUGUUCAUUACCCACCAGAGACGGCCAGCAUAAUGUUGAUAGCACGCAUGAUUGCAACUGUGAAACAGGCUAAAGACAAGGAAGGGGCCAUCCAUCUUUUCAGCCAGUUUUGCCAUAGUACAGUAAAUGAAGAAGAACAAAUAGCACAUAAGCUUUUGGGUGAACGUUUUCAGGUCCAGUUGGAGCAGUUACGGGAGUUGUUGAGUAAAGCCUUGUUUGAAGAAUGUAUUUAUCAUUGGUUCACUCCAGAAGGAUUCCGGUCACUCAUUGCUUUAGUAGGAACAAAUGGACAAGGAGUGGGUACUAGUCCUCUCAGUGUUUGGACCAAAAAUUGUGAUGCUCUUGAUCUCCCAACAGAAGAAAAACAACACUUGAAUGAGUUCAUUGAUCACCUGUAUGAAGAAGUGGACAAAGAAACAGGAGCAUUUCUAAAUAACGAGGGAUCAGGAUUGUAUCCUUUGCAGAGCUCAUGUAACCACAGUUGUGUUCCAAAUGCAGAAGCAACAUUCCCAUACAGUAACUUUGUGCUUGUUAUGGAAGCUGUAAAAGACAUAGAACCUGGAGAAGAAAUUGUGGUAUGUUAUUUGGAUGAUUGUAACCGACAUCGAAGUAGACACAGUCGAAUAAAAAUGUUGAGGUAUGUAAAAGCUAUUUUUUGA